AGGGGGAGGAAGGACCAAGAGAGAUGGAUGUGAAGGGGAGAAGAAAGAGGGGGCACAGUGAGAGAGGAGGGGGGAGUCAGACAGACUGAGGAGGAGGAGGAGGAGGAGGAGCAGGAAGAAGCAGAGGAAGAGGAGGAAGGAGCAUCAGGACACACAGACACACGGACCGUCGGCGGAUCCUAGUGCCUCCGCCGCCGCCUCACAGCCGCUGCAGCCGGACACAGAAGCAGCAGACCCGGCCGCAGACCGGAGCCAUGGCCGACGAAGACAUCCGCACCACGGCCUGCACCGGCUCCAGCCUCCUGCAGCCGGUCAGCGAGAUCACCAACCUGCCGCUGGACCAGGUAAGAGCCUCUGGGGACAUCCGAGCUCCGGGGCCGGCUGCUGGGGCUCUCUUACACGGCGUUUAAUGCGAAAUGCACGGCCCGUGGAGGGCGACGAGAACGGCCGUGAGAGGGAUGCACCGGGCCGGUCAGACGGGCGGUGCAGAGACGGUUCGUGCAAAAUGGAUGGAGGCCUCGCUGAGACAGAAAGGCGGAUUUUAGACCACAAACACGGUCCGGGUUUUUGUUUUUUGUUUUUUUGCUCUGAGGCCAGUUCAGGAAUGGGGUGCACGAUUAGAAAGACCAGACUUAUCAUACACUCACACACACAAAAAAAAAAUCACGAUUUCUGCAUCUCAUUAGCUUAUUUACAUGUAAAUGAAGUUAUUUUCAUUUCUUUAUUCUCUCAUUUGUCCUCUCAUGGGAGGAUUGUGAUUAUCUCUGUUCAGUCAACAUACAGGCCUCAUUAAUAACACCAACAUUAAUUUUUUCUUCACAAAAACAACCAAUAAUCUUGUUAAAAUCAUUUGACUAAACCCCACAAUGAAAUAGGGGAAACAGGGGAAGGUUGCAACAGUUAUUUAUUCAUCUCAACUACUCAAAAACUAUUUUCACUUUUUAAAUCAAAUUUUAACCCAACACACACUUGUCUGCUUCUCAGCUAAAAAAAUGAUGAUCUUAUGGUGAAUUUGUUUAUCAUUUAUCUUUUAAGGCAAAGAGUCAGAUUUUGCAGCUGACUGUUAAAUGUACAUAAAGUACCCCUGUUAAAGCUCCUGUAAUAAGUUUUUUGACUCUUAUGAAAUACACUGAAAAUCAUAUUGAUGUCUUUUCAUGAUGUCCAAAAUCAAACAACGCCAUUGGUUAGACAGGUUUUUUUUGUGAUUUCUCAUGCCUCAAGUCUUGAGAGGAGGUAGGAGUCAGCUGAGCGGACGAAGAAACAGUUGUCUUAUUACAAUUUCCAUAAAAAUAUGAAUUAAAGCUAGUAGUUGUUAACUCACAGUAACUUAACUGUUUUAACUAUAAAGAAAUUAGUAUUAGAUUUAAGGGUUGAAAGUUAGAUACUACAACCAAAUGUUCAAAAUCCCUGAAAUGUACUCUUUAACUAUCACAGUUUGUCUGUAUAGGUGUAGUUUUCUUAAAUCGUGACUUCAAGCAAUGCAAGUUAUAUAACAUGAAAGUUAAAGAAUGAUUAUUCAAACUUGUGGAAAUUAAUAAUCAAAUUUUUUUACAUCUAGACAACGAAAAUCCAAGGAAAUAAAAAUCUAACAUUGUUUCCAAACGGUUUUUCUCAUAGAUUUGUUAGUAGUUGUUGAAAAUGUUGUCAGUCUUGUGUAGAAAGCCUUACUGAGCAUGUGCAAACCACGCUGUCUCUGCAGCAUGUCUCUGAUUGGAGGAAAAAGACUUAAUGCCUCCUGUCGACUCUACUGAACUUUUUCCUUUGAUAUAUUUACCUAAUGAGAAUAGAACAAUAAAAAAUGACUAUUUCUAAAAUGUACUCAAGGCUCUAUCUACCGCUUUCCUUGCAUACAAAAACACAUGCUUCCACCUCUAACUACAGAAAACAUUAAUCUGGCCCCACUUACAUAAGGGGCCCAGAACCAAUGUGCUCUCAGUGUUUAGUCUAGUUUUCAGGGGGAAAAAAAACGUCAUUAGUCAUUAAAUAGACUUAAAAAAGUAAGACCUGUUAACUAAGCUGCAUCAGACGUCACCAGGUGAUGUAUCAGGUGUGCCUUUUCGGUGUUUUUUGUCAGCUGUGUAACCUGGAGAAGCCUGCGCUAAGAUUGUUUCAGGUCUGGAUCCAAGUGAAGGACAAGGAUCUGUCACUGCUUCUAUGAAAUCAAAUGAAGAAGACGCAGGAACUCCAGAGUAGUUUAAAAUUUUACAUACUCAACUUAUCAAAUGAUUAAGCAGGUAAAAAAUGUUCACAGGUGUUAGUCUGUUAGAGUUUUCCUGCAACACAGCAGGCGGCACAACAUCGUUCAGUCUCAAUUAUUAUAUUUAAAAAAAAUACUAUUUAUAAAUUUUGUUAAAAAGUGAUUAUGAAAUAAGUUUGUAUUUCUGUUUUUAACUUGAAAAAGGUCAAAUAUUAGCAUAUCAUAAGCAUUAAUAGCAUAUUACCUUUAACGUAAGCCUUGUCUCCUAGCUACCUAACAGGUGGACAUUAAUAUUUACAGGCUAAACACCAAGAAAUAACCAAUUUCUAAUCAAGUGAUAAUAAACCUUAAUUUAGCUUAACUAAACUGACAUUAGCAUGAAGCUAAGCUAGCAUCAGCAGCAGAUUUUUGUUUGCUUGUCUGAGAGAAUAAUUGUUUAAAAAAAGAAAAAAGAUAAAAGUUUUCAUUGUUUAAGUUUUGAUUGAGAGAUCUGAACCUCAGAGCUGCAGGUUGUUUUCUGUCUCCUCCCCUUUCAUCCUGUGCUCAUUAGUCUGUAAUUAUCUCCGACGUCUCUUCAGGUAUUUAAUGCAGGCCGACCAUUCUUCAGGGAGCAGCCAGACAGAAAAGAAACAUCAGAGGAGCUCUCUGUAAAUCGCUCAGUUUACACACCCUUCAUUAUUGAUGAAUGACACAUCAACAAGUGUCGUCUGUUUCACUUUACAACAGGAUCAGGUGUUACGCUGACGAUAAAACUCCGUCUGUGGUGUCACCAUUUGAAAUACAACGCACUGUCUGCAGGGCCUGAAAUGACCCAAACAAGCUUGGCUUGAAAACACAAAACCACCUCAAACUGAACGACGAUCAGACUUUACUAUUCCUUAAAUUCAGACUGGGCCCUGUCUAGACAAGCUCAGGGCAAAAUUAACCACUGAGAAUGGGUACAAGGUUUAGAUCUCACAAUAUGGAGGAAAUGUGAGGGUUAAUUCAAAAUAUAUACACUGUAUGUAUUAAAAAUAUUUUUUGAUAAAAAUCAAAGAAAAUAAAAGAUGAAUGGACUUUGUAUGGAGACCUUGAAGGUCAACUAAACAAACAUUUCAUGAAAUGCAAAAACAUUUCACUGAAGACCAGGACAUAUUCAUGAAAGAAAAAACAAACAUUUUACUAAACAACAAAGCUCCUUUCUUUGUCAUUUAGGGAACUCAAACAGCUCUUUUCAUGGGUGACACUUUGGGGGCAUUUCUCUCUGCUCUCUGAACGCUGAGAUUUCUCUGCAGCCACAGUUUGUCUUCAGUUUUCUGUCUAAUGGACAGCCACUCUCAGACUAUAAAUAUCUGCUGAAGGUCUAAAUUUACCAGCACAGACGUCAGAGAAACGAAACAGAGAGAACUUCAGUUUAUAACCACACCUGAACCACCGGCUCUGGUCACAUGAUCUAACCUGCAGCUGCUUCUCUUUGCCCUCUCUGUUGUCUGUAGGUGAACUUUGUGGUAUGUCAGCUCUGCGCUCUGCUGUCAGCUUUCUGGUUUCGUCUCUUCCUCCAUCCCAGUAAAACCAGUCCCUUCAUCAGACAUGUGGUGGCUACUGUACUGGGACUGUACUUCGCUCUCUUCUGCUUUGGCUGGUAAGAGACACGGUCUUCUAAAACUGUGUAUGAUUGUUGGAUUUUUAUAAAGAAGGAACACAAGAAACACUCAAAAUCAAACUCACAUAAACUCCUGUAUUGCACAUCAGGUGGUUAAUUUGAGCUUGUCUGCAGUUGAUUUUGUCAUAUCAAUAAGUUCAACAGUUAAAAUAAAAUUAUGAAAAAACUGCUCUCUCCUAUAUUGUGCCAUGUCCUGUUGUAUACUACCCAAGCUAAUUUAUCCCAUGGUAUCCUAUCAAUUCAUAUUGCAUUGUGUUAUUAUAUUGUGUUUUGCUUUAUUGUAUCAACUCAACAAAAUGCUAUAUGAGGUUAUACAACGUAGCUCAGCAUCAUAUAAAUAAUAACGCAAAACAACAUAAUGCAACGUAACAUCCAAACCUAGUAGAACGUGACAGAGAAAAGUAAGGAGCAAAGCAUAAGAUAUUGCAAUUUUACAUAAAGCAACGAAAUGUAGCGUCACGCAACACGAUGUACUGCAACUCAAGGCAAUGCAACACCAAGCAGUACAACACAACGAAACCUAAUGCCACGUAACACAGCGUAGUACAAAGUAGGGGAGACCGGGGCUCCUCGCUUUCUCCUCUCCUUUAAACCACUCUUUUGUCUGUAAAAAUAAUCAAAAUUUCAAUAUGACAACUGCUGAUAAGCAGACUAUGUUGGUUUUAACCCCUUUUAAACAUGUGACAACUAACCCCGAAAUGACUGAAACAUGUUGCCCCAAACUACCAUGUUUGCUAAUUCUAGCUCUAGCUUAAAGUUAGCUUAAAACAGAACAAUGACUGAGGUAUGACAGGAUGCCUUAAUCUCUCCUCUAACAAGUCCACAUGUUUUACUGCAAGGAUUUUUAUCUGGAAGAAGCUUUUUUAAAAUGUACAAAGUUAAUUUUUUCUUAUUUUGGGUUGUGCAAAAUGGUUAAUUAGCGCUCAUCUCAGCCCACAAUGUGCUCUUCUUUUCUCAGACAAGACAUGACCCCUGACCAUGUAAAGGAAGAAAACUAGUAUUCUACUUUUUAGUUGUGCCCUCUGGUGGCAAAGAUAAUUGCAGUGUAACUUACCCGUGUGACAACAAGCCCUGGUCUCCCCUAAAGUAACACAAUGUAACACAGAGUAAUGCAGUGUAAAACAACAUAACAUAACUCAACGUGAAUCAUGUUGUAUCAUAUCAUAUUGUUAUGUAUCAUCAUGUCUUAUUCAAUUACACAGUACUUGCGAAGUAUUGUAACGUCACUUAUCAUAUCAAAAUAGUAUUGUAGGCUGCUGUAUUGCAUAAUAUCCUGUCUUUUUGUAUCAUAUUACACAGUAAAUUGAUUUGUGUUAUUGUAACUUAUUGAAUAAUAACAUAAAGUAACCUAUCAUAUUCUAUCAUAAAGAUUUGUGUAUCAUAUAACAUGGUUCUGUAUUAGAACUAUCAUCUUAAAUUGGUACAUAUUGUCAUUUCAUACACUGUUGGACAGGUGUGUUGUGUCAUAUGUUCUGUCAUAUUUUCACGAACAGUAAAAGGGAAUCAGGGAGUUUAUGGUUGCGGCUCACUGAGAAUAAUCUCUUAUUUCAUAUUUCCAGGUAUGCCCUUCACUUCCUGGUUCAGAGUGGACUCACCUAUGGCAUCAUGAUCCUGACCGGAGUCGAACACAUGCACAAGUAAGCCUCAGAAAGUCCUGCUAUCAUAUUCUCGUCCUGUGAUUCAGUUAUAAAAAUCAGAUUACUCAGUGAGAGGGCUGUGCGAUGGUGUGGUCAGUGUUUGGAUGAUCAGAUCCAGAUCAGGCCGAGAGACUCUCAGAGGAGGAAGAAGAAGAGGAAGAAAAGCCAGUGUCUGUGGUCAUUAAUCAGAGCAGAGAAGAAGAGAAUCCUCUGAGUGCAGUCAGAUCCAUUACAGAGAGAGCUCACUGACAGACGCUUAUCCUGAUGAAGACGGAGGAUGUUUGUUACAGAGUCUGUGAUACAUUUUAAAGUCUGUCGAGCUGAGGCUUUAUGUCUGAUCAAACUGUUUUUUUAGAUAAACAGGAGAUGGUUAAAAACUUCAAGAAAACUUUAAACACAAAGAACUGGACUUUUUUAUUUAUACUUCAUGACCUUUUUAUCUCUCCAUGUAUCUUCAGAUGUGAUUGUAUAGGGAUUACAUUCAUACACUGUCAUUAAUGGACUCAGCUAAGUUUUAUCUUUUGAUAGCUUGUUUGAUGCUUAUUCACAACCUCUAGCCUGGUAUCUAAGCAGACGUUUUGUUGUUUUUUUAAGAGCCAGAAGUGACCACAUUUUUUCGAGUGAGCAGAGCUGGAAAACAGUGAUGGGUUAACAGACACUGAGCUGUCAAAGAUAAACAGUCUGUGUCUGGAGCUAAUUUAUUACCUGCUAAUUAAAUUAUCACCUAAAGCUUACAAGUCGCCUACCUGUUAAUUAAUGUUAAUUUUUAAAUAAACUCAUAUCCUGACUCCCAGGCACCACCAGUCAACAUAAGUAGGACAAACAGUAAAUGACUCACUGCUCUGAAGCCUCUGGUUUAAUAUUUUUGGUGUUACCAUCUUGUUUUUUGUCUUCAGAGGGGCCAUCGUUGGAAAAAGUUGAGUCUUGAUUGACUUCAUUUAGACCAGUGUUAAUCAUCUUUCAUUCUGUCAGGCUUGGACACCGAUAGCAUACUUUGAUUGUUUUGUAGCUCAGAAAAACUCCUCAAAUCACUCAGCUUGUGGGUGUUACUUUUUACAUAGCUUUAUAGUCAUGAAACAACAUGAAUAUUAUACCUUUACAGAAAAUGUCUGGGGUAGCCCUCAGUGCCCACGUUAGCUCCCCAUAAUGUGUUUUUAAUGUUGUUGCAUAGCCUGUUAUAAUAAUGUUAGUCUCACCUUGUGGCUUUGAGCUUUGAUGAAGGUCUUCAGUGAUGGAAAAGCCCCAGUUUUCAGUAACAGUUUAAGCUAAAACAAACUUGUUUACUCCAGCUCCUUUGUUUAGUGGUCUUUGUUUACAAAGGGAUCAUCAGCGACAAACAGUUAUGAUAUGGCUGUUCUUGUCCUGAAAACCUAAACAUUUCCCACUAUAUAGGUGACUUUGUCUUUUGGAAGAAGAAAUAAUGACCAGAAUCAAAAAUAAAAUCAACAAAGUACCAAGCUGGGAAGAAACUCACUUUCUAGGCAAACAAAAAAUUGUAAGAGCUUCUGAGUGGGCGUGUCCUUAAAUUGUUCAAAUACAUAGAAUGGCAGAGUCUGACUUAAUGUUCAGGCCGAGUCUCUCCAAAUGAGCCAGAGAACCCAUACAAGAAUUACAGCAAAAUUUUUGUAUCUCAUGUUUGAAACUUUGACAAGGUUUAGUAUGGACAUCAAGUGUUAUUAUAUGUAGAUAUGGAUCAACAUGAUACGUCAACGCUAAUUUAAUUUAAAUCUACUGCUGGAGUAAAAGUUGGACUUUUUAAUAUGGCGCUUUAUGGGGAUUGACCCACUUUAGCAGGCAACCUCUAGUGGACAUUUCAGGAACUGCCUUGUUGUUUUUUUUGUUUUGGCUUCACUUCUCAGCUUCAGAUGUUAGCUCAGCCUGGGUCCAAAAUUGCCCCAUGGGUCAGAUUUGAAUGUGCUCCUGAGCUGUGACCUUUGACCUCCUCCCAGUGGACUUUGUAAGAGUUCUUUGUCUGGUGUUCACAAACAGCUGAUUCAGCUUAUUGUUUGCUGCUUGUACAAAUUCACUGAUGGACCGCUACCCACAGGGGGGGUCACAUGAUGAUGCCAUGAUGAUGUCAUCUGUGAUAUUCGCUCUCUUGAAUUACAGCAGAGUCACAGAGCUUUGUCUUGGAGGCACAGAGAGAGAUGCAUCAGUUUGAUUAUUGCACUACAGUGAGAGAAUAACUCAAUGUUAUUCUAGUGGUCCAGUUCAAGAGUCAAACCAGCAACCUCCCGCCUCAUACCUUUAUGCUUUGGCCCCACUGUCAACACUGAAGACUGUGUUUAAAUGUUUAGCUGAGUGGAUCCUAAUGCCUCUUUUAUUCAAACGCGAGGAUACCAGAGACAAGGUCCCAGAAUUGCAGUUCUGUAUCUACAGCCGACUGAUUUGUAGACUCAAAACUUUAGAGAAAACCUGCAGAAAAAAAAAAGAUAAAAGGAUUUCAGAUCUGCAUGUGUGUCAGACUUGCAGCAUAAAUGAGUCCUUGUUGUGUUUUCAGGUACUGCCUCCUGGUGGCUCUCAGCUACCUCAGUCUGUGUCAGAUCACUCGAGUUUACGUCUUCGACUACGGCAUGUACUCCGCUGACUUCACAGGGUGAGACAGCUCAUAUACACUGAAUCCACAGCCAAACGUCCAAAUCAAAAUUAUUCUGUCUGAAAUGAAUCUCUAUCACACAGUCAGUAAAGUCUGUCUUUUCUCUGUCUGCAGACCUAUGAUGGUGAUAACGCAGAAGAUCACUAGUUUGGCCUUUGAAAUCCACGAUGGUAAGAAUGCGAAGACAUGUCGGUUUAUUACCAGUUUGGUGUUUUUCUGUUUCAGCAGCAGCUGAUUGUCAGUUCUGAUUUUUGAUGCAGGUAUGGCUCGAAAAGAGGAACAUCUAACCCCAGGACAGAAGAUUCUGGCUAUAAGGUGCGUGUCCAUGUUUCCUACUGCUUCUACUCCAUUUAGAUAAAUAAUAAACAUAGAAGUCCAACAAUGUUUGCAGUUUAGAGUUAGGCACCCCCUCAAGAGAUGAAUGUUGCUGAUCGCUUUCUUCUCUAGUUAUACCAACUUUAGUAGCGACCGCAAGAUGUCCAACUCUAGUAUUGUUUGUGCUUAAUCCUUCUAAAAUUUCUCAUUUAUUUGUCUGAAUAUGUUUGUAACCAGGAGGAUGCCCAGUCUGCUGGAGUACUUCAGCUACAACUGUAACUUCAUGGGGAUCCUGGCAGGUCCUACCUGCUCCUACAACGACUACAUCGCCUUCAUUGAGGGAGACCCCCGUCGCCAUAGAGAGCACGAGGACAAGAAGCCCUACCCCAAGCUGAGGCAGGACGAGCCCUCGCCAAACGUACGACAAAGACUUCAAAUACGACCCUUACUCUCUGUGAAUAUCCAGGAUGAUCCUGGUCUCAGAGUGUUGUAAAGCUGAAGUUCUUUCAGAGUCCAUAACCUGGAAACUAAGUCUGCUGUCAGUUUAAUAAAGAAUCAUCAGCUUUAAAUACAUGUUUCCGUUUCUGCAGACUGAGGUCGUCCGUAAAGUGGCCACUUCCUUCUUCUGUCUGCUGGUCUUCCUGUCCGUGUGUAAAGUAUUCCCUGUGGAACGAAACAUCGAUGAUGACUUCAUCGCCAACACGCCGUUCUAUGCUCAGGUGGUCUACCUUUACCUGUCCAUGCUGACCACCAGACCCAAGUACUACUUUGUCUGGACUCUCGGUGAGUGUUUAAAACCUAGGUCAAGAUUUCCUUUUUUUUCUGUGUUUUUUUUUGUGUGUUUUCAUAUUCUUGUUAUAAUUUACAACAAAAUCCAGCCGAAGAUUCUCAGAAUCAACCGCAGAGUCAUCAAACACAACCUUCUGUCUAAAACUUCUUUAAUGUUUUACUCUUACCUCAGCUGACGCCAUCAACAACGCCGCAGGCUUUGGCUUUAAUGGCUACGACGAUGACGGCUCGCCUCGAUGGGACAUGAUUUCCAACCUGAGGAUCCUUAACAUCGAGGUUUAAUUUUUUGUCCUUUUUUCCCAUCAAACAUAUGAAAAUACAAUUUUUUAAAAAGGAAAAACAAACCUGUGAACGACUUACAUACAAAUUCACCGGCAUUUAAAAAUGACACAAACAACCAGCUACAGCCAACAGCAUUACACACUGACUCUAUGAGAACUAUCUUCAAACAGUAAGCUAAUGAAUCUUCAAGCUAGCUCACAACUGCAAGCCAAGGAAUCUAUCGACAGAUUGUCAAAUGCUACCUGAUGAUCUGCAAAUAGUCUACUUGCUGCUAGCUUGCUAAUGAUCCUGUUAAUAUCAAUAAUGAACACACAAACUUUAAGUCAACUGUUAGCUACAUAGCCUACAGGCUUACUGCUAACUGUUGGUUAAAGACGUCAUUCAUCUUUUAGCUUCAGAGUAAAUCACGAAGUUCAUCUUGUGCAUGUUAGCAGAGCAUCAUUGUUUAUGUAUUAAAGUUUUAAUAUUAAUUAAAGAUUUCUUCUGUUUUGUUUCAGUUAGCCACCAGUUUCAAAGUUUUCCUCGACAACUGGAACAUCCAGACAGCUCAUUGGCUAAAAAGGUGAGCUGAUUCCAAGAAGGAUCAACUUCUUGAAACUGAAAUAUCCUGUUACAGAGGUGGAAUUAUGUUUUUUUAUAUAUAUAUAUCCUAAAAAACUGUUAAGCGGAAGUGUUGGAAGUCAAUACUGUACAUGGACAGUAUCAGAUUAUCAUUAGAAAAAAGCUGAAAAACACCAUCACACCCUCUCUGUAACAUCAGUACAUUUGUGAGCAUGCUUUCCUAGGACAGGGAUUUAAACUAUUCACUCUCGCCCCGUUCAACUACAGCUGAUUUUACACAAUGAAUCAUUUCUCAAGAUGGAAUAUUUGGCGAUCAGCUGAAUUCAGACAGAAAAUUCAUCCUGACAGAGCUGUGCAGGUUGAAUAGAAUAGGGCCCUAGACUGUGGACUGCUGCCAUCUGCUGGUGGAUCUUCAGAUUGUCUGUAUAUUGCCCUCUUAAAGUUUUAUUGUCUAACUGCUUCAUGUGGUUUAUAGCUCAUAAAAAUUCUUAUUUAUCUCACCUCAGAGUCAGUUCAGUCUCAGUCUGACACAAUAGGUUUCAGGUACUGUCCUCCCCACUGUCUCCUAAUUAACCAACAUUAAUGAAGCUAAUUAAUCCACUGUUCUGACACUUAAACCAACAAUGUAACUAUGUUUGCAUGUCUGAAAAUAUUAAUCAGUAUUACCUCUUCUAAAGAGCAGACCCUCCAUUGAGCUGAGGACUCUGAGACUUUACUAACUGCAUUAAACAUCCACAGGUGGAGCAGAUACUCAUGAAACCUGCUGUCUAAACCUCUCUUUGGUAUUACAUUUGUAUUUCUGACCACUGUUUGACAGGGUGUGUUACGAGCGAUGUCCCUACCACCCGACAGCAGCCACCUUCAUCCUGUCAGCCAUGUGGCACGGAGCUUAUCCAGGCUACUACCUCACCUUCCUCACCGGCAUCGUCAUCACGCUGGCUGCCAGAGCGGUGAGCUGAACUAGUUAACUGUUUGCAAUGUGACCCAUAAUGUCCAGUUGUUUGUCCAUAGUCCUCUUCUCUGCCACCAUCACCACAGAGCCGAUCAGUUUUCUGAUCAGUUGUCUGAUCAGUUUUUUCCAGCUGCUCCCCCUAGCACACCACGGUGUAAAAAAAGGACCCUGGCAACCACGGACUGAUAAAACAUCUGCAGGAAUUUACUGCACCCUUUAGAAAGUACAGCCUGCUCUGUCCCUUCCUGUACAGGUGCUUCAUGUUACAUGUCAAGUCCAGCCUGCUGUCCAGCCACAGUCUGAGGUACUUAUAUGAGUUUACAGCCUCCACCUUGACUCCUUCGAUCAGAACUGGUCUGGACCUUGGUCUGGACAAGCUCCUUGGUUUUUGUGGCGUUGAGGUGCACAUGGUUCCUUUGGCACCAGACAGCACCGCCACCUGGGGUGCUCCAGUGCUAUUCCAGUGCUGCUGAUCGGAGUGUCCGACAUGAUGUCUUUCAGUCUGACAUAGCGCAAGCGUGUUGGUGAGGUAGCUGGAGAUAUAGGUGACCAGACAGGGGACCACUUGUGUCCUGCUCAGUUUGUCCUCAAGCAGAGGGGGCUGGAUAGUGUUGAGGGCACUUGAGAAUUCCAGAAAGAGGAUCCUCACAGUGCCACUCCCCUUAUCCAUAUGUGGCUCUGUGUGGCAGGUAGAGGAUGGUGUCCUCCACACCAACACAUGCUUGGUAUGCGAUCAGUAGACUGUCCUAGGCGUGUCCUGCUCCAUCGUCUUCAUCAGAUGUGAAGUGAGUGCCAGUGGUCAGAAGUCAUUCAGCUCACUGGGUCGGUUAUUCUUUGGAUUUAGAGCGAUGCAGGGUGACUCCCAGAGGGUGGGCACUCUCUCCAGCUGCAGGCUGAGGUUGAAGAUUCUUUGCAGUGGUUCACCCAGUUCAGCAGCACAGGUCUUUAGUAGUCUAGGACACACCUUGUCUGAACCAACUGCUUUCCUGGGUUGUAGCUUCCUCAGCUGACUUCUGACCUGGUCCACAGUGAUACUUGGAAAGGUCUGUGUUGAGGUUAGGGCUGAAGAGGAGAAGGGGGGUACUGUGGUGACUGAGAGGAGGUGUGUUGAGGGAAGAAAGAAAGAUGGUUGCAGUGAGAGGGAGGGUAGGGGGGACAGGGGCUGGUUGAACCUGUUGAAGAAGUCGUUCAGUUCAUUCGCCCUCUCCACGGUUCCCCCUUCAGCUCUGGUCUUGGUGUUGUGGCCUGUGAUGGUAGUCACACCUUCCCAGACCCCCUUCAUGUUGUUUUCCUUCUGCUUCUGCUCCACCUUUCUCCUGUAGAUGUCCUUUGCUUCCUUCAUGCAGUGUUUCACCUCCUGCUUUCAUGGCCUCCCUGAAGAUCUAGCUAUAUAGAUAGAUAUACAGUAGAUGUAGCUGAAGAUCGUACUGAACUUCUUCUGCUGCUGAUUGGUUAUGUAUUUUCUUCUCUCAGGUCCGACACAAUGUUCGGCCAUACUUCCUGCAAUCAUCUACACACAAACUGGUCUAUGAUGUCAUCACGUGGGCAGCCACUCAGAUCGCCAUCUGCUACACGGUGGUGCCUUUUGUCCUGCUGUCUGUGGGUCCAUCCAUCAAGUUUUACAGGUCAGUCACCAAGCAGCUUUAAUUCAGGCUCAUCUUCAUCUAAAGUAGUUCAGUUUUGGCUAAUCUAAAGUUAGUAUGGCUGUGACUACUACAGUAGUUUACCACCACCAAGGAGUGACUGUGAGAGUGAAUGAAUGAUGUAUCCAAUGUAAAGCACUUUUAGGGUCUCUGAUAAAGCGCCAAAAAAAAAAAGUAAAAUCUGAUGCAUUAUUAAGGUUCAGUUUUAAAUAAGCCUACAUGAUGUUACUGAUAAUUGACAACAACCAGAAAUCAGAUCUAGUUUUUCAUUUUUCAUGGCAAAUACUCACACUGAGCGCUACAUUUCACUGUUAAAAAAUAACACAAUGAGGUAUUUGUCUGAAAGGACCAAAUAUGAAGGGUAUCACUUUGUCAACAGAGGAUGCCAAAACUAAAACAAACCAAAAGUUUCUCACAUCAGCUUCAAUGGAAACACAAUGAUAUCUUUCCAGAAUCUGCAUGACAAAAAAAAAAAAAAAACACAAUCUAUUCUGCUCUAUACUGUUCUUUUCUAUUUUGUUCUAUUCUGUUCUGUUCAAUAUUAUUCUAUUGUAUUCUACUCUGUUCUAUUCUACUCUAUUCUAUUCCAUUCCAAUCUGUUCUGUUCUAUUCUAUAUUAUCUAUUCUAUUUUGUUUAAUUCUACUCUGUUCAGUGUUAUUCUAUUGUAUUCUAUUCUGCUCUGUUCUAUUCUACUCUAGUCUAUUCUAUUCUGUUCUAUACUGUUUUAUAUUAUUCUGUUCUAAUCUGUUCUGUUCUAUUCAAUAUUGUUUACUCUCUUCUGUUCAAUAUUAUUCUACUGUAUUCUAUUGUGCUCCGUUCUGUUUUACUCUAUACUGUUCUAUUCUAUUUAGAACCUCAGAUGGUUCCUACCCCUCACCUCUUGUCCCCUUCCGGCAGGUCCUGGUGCUUCAGCCUCCAUAUUGGCUGCAUCCUGCUGGCUGUGGCGUUGCCAGUCAAACCAAGACAUCUGCGCCUCAAGGACCAGCAGAAGAACCUUCUCCAGGAACCAGCCCAAGUCCAGGACCACCUACAGGCCACAGGGAAAGAGAAAACUACAUGAGGAUGAAAAACAGUGUUGUUGUAUUUCCAUUAACUUGUAUAGAAAGACGAGGAGAACUACAUGGACCGGAUCUUCCUCCUGUCCGAGUACCGACUCACGGCGGUUACAAAGUCAAAUACUGUAGUGAAGAGAUUCAGAGGACUAGAUGGUCUAUGAGAUUUAGGCCUGGGUUUUCCGUGGUGGACCCAAAACUGUCUUUACAGGGACCUAUGACUGCCAGGAUAGUGUUUGGACCCAAACUCCACCACCACCAGAUGGUUUCUUUUGGAUGGGACUGCAAAGUGAGCGGACUCUGCAGUCAUGGAGGAUUUACAGUAUAAAUACAUGAACUGUCACUUCAUGUGGAGAAACCUUGUGAGGAAGGAUUCAAACUGCCCUGAACUGUUGAGGCCAUCGUUUCAGUGUUUACCUGACUCAGUUUUCUUUGACUGUCGAGCUGCAGAAAGAUUGAAUGAAUUAACAGAGGAAUGCUGGACAGGGUGAAUAAAAAGAUUAAACAAACCCGUGAGUGAAUGAAAGCAUGUCAAAGUGAAGUCGUUAUGUUGCGAGAUGGAGGAGUAAGUGGAUGACUACAUGAAUGAGUGAUCAGGCCAAUGAACCAGUGCAUUAAAGAAGCGAAUGAAUGAAUGAAGAAGGUUUUUUUCACCUCCACAUUCCUCUCAGACUGACUUCACAGACUGUCAUUGUGCUAUAAUCUUUAAACCACCACUUCACAGUGUUCAUAGAAAUCAGUUUUUAAAAAGUGCCAAUGAUGAUCCCACUCAGUCGCCUUAUUUGUUUCAUUUUUUUACCUGAAAAAGGAAGAUGAGAAUGAACUCUCUCUGGAUGUGUGACUGCGGAGAAGGGUGUUGUGUUUACAUUUGUAGAUGUCACUUUUUGUCAACCUGUUAUUUAUGUAAUUUAUGUGAUUCCAAACAGACCUGUGGUUUGAUGUAAGAUGUGUAACAAUUCAGUUCGAAGAAGAAGAAGAUGAAAACCUUUCACAGCAUUUUAGGAAAUAAACUCAACCUCUGAAAUUUUAACUUCUCCAUGUGAACUUCAUACUGCUCAGAUGAGAUUCUCCUCAUCAGAAGUCUGUCAGCUGCCAACCUGUAGGACCACCUAGGUAUUGUUUUGUAAAUAAUGGGAUUAGAACUAGUUUUGCUCAAAUGUGG